CUCUCUCUCUUCUCUGUUGUCCUGUUAACACAUUUUUCUGUUUGACUGUAAUAUUAUUAGAUAAACAGAAGUUGAUCGAUCGAGACUGUAUAAGCUAUGUGUGUUGAGUUUUGUUUCGUUUCGGGUUGAGCGACUCUAUCUGGAAAACACACACAUAUGGAUUCUUGCCAAAUAUGUGGUGGGCUGAGCAAGUUCCUGCCUUCGUCCCUGUGUGUUUUGUAGUGGAUUGCACCAUUGCAGGAGAAUCUCUGCCGAAAUGCAGAAGAUCAUAUUUCAGUAAGGUUGAGGCAGUAAUGGCAGCUGUGAGAGACAUGUAUGAAGGAGUGGAUGUUAAAAACAUGACUCCAGCAGAACAAAAGAGACACAGAGAGACGCAGCUGAACCAACAUCCAGACGUUCUCUUCAGAAUAAAUCGUCAGGACCGUCUGCAUGUUCUCCUCUUCAGACCCACGGGUGACAGCUGGUGGAUCGAUAUAAUUAAGGAAAAUUAUGGAGGAAUCUUUGCUCAGUGGACUUUCCAACAUGCUGAUAACCAGCCCAUUCGGCACGCAAUGAAUCUCUCCGGGAAUCGGGAUGAGCUGCAAAGAUUCUGUGAUGAGUUUCCAAACAAUCUGGAGGCAUUUCGUGCCCAUGUUCAGGAAACUGAAGAUCUGAGAGCAACAAUAGAAGAUCUCAGAGAAAAAAUAGAAGAUGACAAUGCAGCAAUACAAGAUCUGGAAGAAAGAAUACGAGAACUCGAUUUAGAAAACAGAAGACUGAGACAACAACAUUUAAACCAUGAGAGACCAUGUUUUCCUCAGUAAAGAAGGACAUCAAGAUCUGCAUCUGUCUAGACCAGUGGAUAUUUCAGUAUAUCACCACGUAUUUUAUAUUUCUCCUAUGUUUGCAUGCACAACUUUUGUUUCAGUUUCAUUCCGAUAGUGUUUACAUGAACGCUAAAUACAUCGUGAACAAGCUUUGAUAUGCGCACAUUUUAUUAUGACAGGACACACGUUCAUUCAACAGGAAGAACCGCUUGUUCUGCGCGUCAUACGUCAUUACGCUACUUCCGCGUCAUUGCACAUACGCUCUCCUUUCAGUUUCGGAUUUCAAUCCGAAUAUAUAUUAAUAAUAUAAUAUUCAGUGUAUGAAGUAAUGUACAUUUAUUAAUUUUACAUAUUUAAACCAUUUACAGUAAUUGGGUAGAAAGUAUUUCUUGUUUAAAAAUAUAUAUAUUUUUUUUAAAUCCUUGUUCAUUAAAAUACCAAUAACCUCCUCAUUAGAAAUGUUUGUUGAUUAGAGGUUCUUAUACGGCUUUUUCUCAGUUUAUCUCAAAAUGUGCUUCACGGUUCAACAGGAAGUGCUGUCAGUUACGUUUUUGAUUUUCUGAUUAUACAUUAUUGUUUGUCACACUCAUAGCUUAGUUUUAUUUUUGCAUUAAAUGCUUUGUAUUGUAUUUGUAACUAAUAAAAUGAGAGAUUUUAUUGUUAA